AUGCAUUGCGGAUGACAUACUGAUGACCUAGCUAGUAAAACAAGAAGCAAGUUAGCAGGCGUCACAACACUCAAUUCAAUUUAUUAUUUUGAAGGAGAUAAGCCAAAGGCCGGAGCCAUGAGUAGUAUGCGAACAAUUUUAACUUCUACAGCACUUGUUGGUGCUCUCGGUAUUGGUUACGCAAUGUGGUCUGUUAUAUCGCCAUCGGAAGGAAGAAAAAAAGAGCUAUUGAAGCAUCUUCCCGAAGCAAACCGUGUGAAUAUGGAUGAGACUCGGAGACGGAACGCUCAGUUGAUGCAGGUGUUAAAAGAAGCGUCUGAGAACCCGGAUAACAUUGCACGUGGAUUCCCGCCUCCAAAGAAUUGAACUUGAAGAGGAAAGGACUUGAACUCAUGGUCCAUAAAAAAGUGGAUCAUUUGUGAAGGACAAGAGGCAGGCAAAUUCUUCGUCGUCACCUCAUUAAACUAUUCCACAAAGCGUAAAUUUUAACAGCAUCUGUCAGGUUUUUAUGGUAAUUGCAUUAUUACAUGCUGUGCAGUAAGCCAUGCAAUAUCCUCAUUUUGCUAUUUCAAACGAGUAGGUGCAUUAAUGUUAUAAUAAAUGGUGGUGUACACCAGCUAUGACUGUGUGGGACAAGAUUGUUAAUAGUUUGUAAAUAAAGGUGCAUUUAAGAUGCAUGGA